AUUUUUCACAACUACGUGGAACGAACAAGUGGUAUUUCCACGACGUCAGCUGCCGACAUUGCUGGACAUUUUUUGGUAAGACAUUUUUAUAGAAGACAUUUUUAAUAAGAUAAUGGAUACCUAGCUAAGAUCUAAUUAGUAUAUAUAUUAUCAAGUACAAGAGAGAUGUUGAGACCACUCAUUAAAUCAGGAUCAUGUUUAAGAAAUAUCCCAAUUUCUGGUAUAAGGGUAUCUUCAAGAACCAUUACUAGAUCAUUUUCAUAUACUAGACCAGUACAAUUCUUUGGAGGAAAAGAUAAAUCUGAACCUACGGCUGAGCAAUUAGAGAAGAUACAAAAAUUUACUGAAACUAUUAGAACAAAUCCUGAAAUUGGUCAAUUACUUAAUGGAUUUAAAGACUUAUUGGAAGUUAAAGGUAUGCUGACUGGUGGUAAACCUCCAACAAUUACACAAAUGAUGAGGAUUUUUGCUGACAAAGAUAUUAGAGAACAAUUAAGUAAAUUAAAGGAUGCAUUUGAAAAGGCUAACAUUCAAGUCAAACAAGACGAUUUGAGUGUUUUCACUGAUGUUUUCCUUUCUCAUCAAAAGAAUACUGAAAAGUAAGUAUAUACAUAUUUGUAAAUAGAAGAAAAAGGUAGUAAAUAUUUGUAUAUAUGCAGAAUAGAAUAGACUAUUU